AUGGCGCCCAGCAAGGCCGUGGUGGCACACCUCGUGGUGCUAUUACUAUUAGUGCCCUUGCUCUCCCUGCUGCCCUUCUCCUCCCACGCUCUGACCCAGGACUUAUGCGUCGCGAACAGGCUCCUCCCAGACACGCCGUCCGGCUACCCGUGCAAGCCCAAAGGUCUCGUCAGCUCCGACGACUUCUACUCCGACGCCUUGGCCAGGCCUGGCCCGGUCAUCGCCCCCUUCAACACCAGCCUGGCCUCCGCCGCCGUUAAACAGCUCCCCGGCCUGAAUGGCCUCGGCAUCUCCGCCACGCGUGUCGAUGUCCAGCCAGGUGGGGUCGUGCCCAUGCACACCCACCCGGAAGCCUCGGAGCUCAUCUUCCUCCUCGAAGGAACCCUUUUCGCUGGCUUCAUCAGCGCCGAAACCAAUAAGGCCUAUGUCAAGAUCCUAAAGAAGGGCGACCUCUACGUGUUCCCGCAGGGCUUGCUGCACUUCCAGUUCAACACCGGCAACACGACCGCCACCGCCAUCGCCGCGUACAGCAACCAGAACCCCGGCCUACAGAUCGCUGUCUAUGCACUCUUCGGCAACACCCUCACAGUGGAAACGGUGAAUAAGACCACCUUCGUAACAAAGGAGGAGGUCAUGAGGCUCAAGGACCUCUUCGGCCAGUCUUCAGUGCCAUCCUGA